CAGAGGAGCGUCUGUUCGCCAUCAGUACCUCUUGCGUUGCGCCCCACGCGAUGGAUGUCCUAUUCGGCAGAAAUAAGAAAGAACAGCUGGAGCCUGUGCGGGCCAAAGUGACAGGCAAGAUUCCAACAUGGCUGCAGGGAACGCUGCUUCGCAACGGGCCUGGGAUGCACACAGUGGGAGAGACCAGAUACAACCACUGGUUUGAUGGCCUGGCCUUGCUGCACAGCUUCACAAUUAGGGAUGGGGAAGUCUAUUACAGGAGCAAAUACCUGAGAAGUGAUACCUACAACGCCAAUAUCGAGGCGAACAGGAUCGUGGUGUCAGAGUUUGGGACAAUGGCCUAUCCGGACCCCUGCAAAAACAUAUUUUCCAAAGCUUUCUCCUACCUGUCCCACACCAUCCCCGAUUUCACAGACAACUGCCUGAUUAACAUCAUGAAGUGUGGAGAAGACUUCUAUGCAACCACAGAAACCAAUUACAUCAGGAAAAUCAACCCACAGACUCUGGAAACCCUGGAGAAGGUUGAUUAUCGCAAAUACGUGGCUGUAAAUCUGGCAACAUCACAUCCUCACUAUGAUGCAGCUGGAAACGUUCUCAACAUGGGCACUUCUAUCGUAGACAAGGGGAAGACAAAAUAUGUGAUCUUCAAGAUCCCUGCCACGGUACCAGAGGACAGGAAGAAGGGGAAGAGCCCCUUGAAGCACAUAGAGGUGUUCUGCUCCAUCCCCUCCCGCUCUCUCCUCUCCCCGAGCUAUUACCACAGCUUCGGAUUCACCGAGAACUACAUCAUUUUUCUGGAGCAGCCUUUCAAGAUGGAUAUCCUCAAGAUGGCGACUGCGUACAUCCGGGGAGUGAGCUGGGCUUCCUGCCUGGCCUUCCACAGGGAGGACAAGACUUACAUUCACAUCAUCGACCAAAGGACCAGGAAGCCCGUGCCAACCAAAUUUUACACAGACCCCUUGGUGGUCUUUCACCACGUCAACGCCUAUGAGGAAGACGGCUGCCUUCUGUUUGACGUCAUCGCCUACGAGGACAGCAGUCUGUAUCAGCUCUUCUACUUGGCCAACCUGAACCAGGACUUUGAGGAGAACUCCAGGCUCACCUCCAGCCCCGCCCUCAAGAGGUUCGCCGUGCCCCUGCAUACGGACGAGAAUGCAGAAGUGGGCUCAAAUUUAAUCAAGCUGGCGUCUACAACAGCAAAAGCCCUGAAGGAAAAAGAUGACCAAGUCUACUGCCAGCCAGAGUUGCUUUAUGAAGGCUUAGAGCUGCCUCGGAUCAAUUACGCUCACAACGGGAAGCGAUACCGGUAUGUCUUUGCUGCUGAAGUUCAAUGGAGUCCCAUCCCAACCAAGAUACUAAGAUAUGACAUUCUCACGAAGUCGUCCUUAAAAUGGGGAGAGGAGCACUGCUGGCCGGCAGAGCCCCUGUUUGUGCCCACGCCAGGCGCCGAGGACGAGGAUGACGGAAUUAUCUUAUCAGCCAUUGUCUCUUCUGAUCCCCAAAAGCCACCUUUUCUGCUUAUUCUGGAUGCCAAAAGCUUUACAGAAUUGGCUCGCGCAUCCGUUGACGUCGAAAUGCACCUGGACCUCCACGGGUUAUUCAUCCCGGAUGCAGACUGGAACGCAAGGCAGCAGGCCCCUUCCUGGAAAGCACAGGACAGGGCUUCCAACUGCCACGGGGCCCCACAGACCUGAGAUUUGGGCCGGGAAGAACAGCUGCAGUGGCAGGCUCCCCAGGACUCAAGGCUUGAUUCCUCUCUGAGUGGAGGGGAGUUCUUGUUUCAUUUUGGGCUUAUUCUUUCCAUGUGCUUUGAGACCACGGUAUGGAAGUAGAUCUUGUCGGUAUCUUCUCUUUCGUCUUAUUUUGGCUUAAAAACCUUGUUUGAAAGUCGAUCAAAUAUUUGUUGAUUAGCUCUAGUUCUUCUAAGAAAGCCCCUUUUCUUUAUUAUAAAGACCAUGACCAUGAAUCAGAAAUUGUAUUAAGUCACAUGAUCAUUGUUCUUAGAAUGAGCAACCACUGACAUUAGAGAAGAGACAGAGAAAUAUUUAUCAUUGCUCCUUCCUCCCUCCCCUUCUCUUCCUUCCCCUUUCCCUUUUUUCCAGUGGACUAGAUUGUCAUCUGGGAGUGCUAGCUUUCUCAGUCAUGCCCUGUUAGCAAAUUAUGUGGCCGAGAAGGCAUGUUGCUCCGUGGUCAUUCCAUGCAAGGCAUGGCAUAAUAUAAAAUAAUAAAAACUUUAAAGUCUGUUCAGACCUUAUUUUAUUUUUGCAUG